UCCCCGAUGCUGAGAGGGGUGGUCAGGGAGCCGCCCCCAGAAGGGGAAGAGGGGGUUGCAGGACUGGGGGUACUCAGCUGCCAUCCCCGCCGCUUCCUGGCCCCCACUCGCUGGCGCCCAAGUGGGAGGACCGCAGCUGCCCGCUGCCUCCUCCCCACACCCCCGCUACCUGCCCAGUCCCCGAAGCGAAUCGUGAGAAGGCUGCGAGCCAGCGGGGCCGAGCCCACAAGUUUGCAGCCUCGGAGAGGACGAGAGCCGGCGUCCAGGGCUCCUCUUAUCGGCGACCGGAGCUCGGAAUGUAAUCGAAGAUGCUGGCCCUGAGGCUGCUCAACGUGGUGGCCCCCGCCUAUUUCCUGUGCAUCUCCCUGGUGACCUUCGCGCUCCAGCUCUUCCUCUUCCUGCCCAGCAUGCGCGAGGACCCGGCGGCCGCGCGGCUCUGCUCGCCGGCGCUGCUCCACGGGGCCCUCUUCCUGUUCCUCUCGACCAACGCCCUGGGCAACUACGUCCUGGUCAUCCAGAACUCGCCCGACGACCUGGACGCCUGCCAGGGGGCCUCGGCCAGGAAGGCUCUGUGCCCCCCGCCCAGCACCCACUUCUGCCGAGUGUGCGCCAGAGUCACCCUGAGGCACGACCACCACUGUUUCUUCACGGGCAACUGCAUUGGCAGCAGGAACAUGCGCAACUUCGUCCUGUUCUGCCUCUACACCUCCCUGGCCUGCCUCUACUCCAUGGUGGCGGGCGUGGCCUACAUCUCCGCAGUCCUUUCCAUCUCCUUCGCGCACCCACUGGCCUUCCUCACGCUCCUUCCCACCUCCAUCAGCCAGUUCUUCUCUGGAGCUGUCCUCGGUUCUGAAAUGUUCGUCAUCCUCAUGCUCUACCUCUGGUUUGCCGUUGGCCUGGCCUGCGCUGGCUUCUGCUGCCAUCAGCUGCUGUUGAUCCUCCGGGGGCAGACCCGCCACCAGGUGCGGAAGGGGGUAGCGGUGAGGGCCGGGCCCUGGCGCAAGAACUUGCAGGAGGUGUUCGGGAAGCGGUGGCUGCUGGGCCUGCUGGUCCCCAUGUUCAACGUCGGAGGUGAGAGCUCCAAGCAGCGGGACAAGUAGCAGGCACACCCAUGACUUCUCUCGGUGUCUUGACUCCUCCUGAGCACGAGACCAUGGCACCCUUGUCCCCACCCAUGACCCACUACAACCUGGAUGGGUAAUGUCCUAGCACCCACCCCUGGUCUGUGACACAGAGAACAGCAUUGGCUGGUGGAUCAACGACAAGGAGGAAAAAAUGGCCACCCAGGCAUUGUUACACUCUCCAGGGGGCAGCCAGGCGGGUGUCAAGAGGCCUCUGCGUUUGUUUCUUUUCCUUGGGGCCCCUCUUUGCCCCUCUGCCCACUUGAUCCACUCCCUCUGCCAUGUCUCAUGUCGUCACUGCCAUCUGCUGGGUCUUGUCCUCUAAGACCCAUGUUGGGAGUAGGGAUUGAAUUCUUGCUGCUGAUAGGAUGCUCCCUGGGACCUGAAGUCUGGCAAAACUGUUUAAAAUUACAAAGUGUUUAAAAUUACCAAGUCUGCUCUGCCAACUGCCAGGGAGCUUGGGAAAGGAGGGGGAGUGUCCUCGUCCCCUCUGAGGAAUUGUGGGCAGUGAGAGGGGAAAAGAACUCAGUAGCUUGCUGCCCACCCCACGCCCAAGUUGCAAGGCCCUUUCUUUGGGAUGCAGCAGCCAAUGGUCUGGGAUUUCUUUUCCAGCUGCUAUCCCCUGUGCAACCUACUCCAGCUGGCCACCCAGCCCAGUCCAGGGCCUGGCUGGAUGCUUUCUUUUCCUGGCACUCUUCCAGCCUUGGCUAGAUGCUGGGAAAGGAAGGAGAAGGGAGAAGGGAAGGGGACAUACUUAUAAAUGAGAGGCAUGUGACUACAUAACCAUAUAGGGAGAGAGAGAGAGAGAGAGAGAGAGAGAGAGAGAGAGCACUUAGGGGAGAAGGAAGAGGGUGACACAGAGGCUGAGUGCUGGGAUAUUUGAAGAAUGAGAAUGAGAGAAGGAAAUGGGUUCAUUUCUUCCCCGUAUAAAGGACAUUCUGGCAGCUAAAGCUGUUCGAUGUUAGGAUGGCUUCCUGGGGAGGCAGUGAGGGCCCCAAACUGGAGGUGUUCCAGCAGGGACUAGGCAGUCAUCUAGCAGGUGGGCCGGGAAAGAAUCCCUGCACAGGCUUAGGGAAGGGAACAUCUCUCCCACCCAGGAUUCUGGUGUCCGCGUUGUGAUCGCCAGGUCCAGAUGAUCUGUAGAGAGUUAUUUGUUUUCAUGGAGGUGGUAUGGGCACGGAGGAGUCUUAAAAUGAUGAUGCAAACUUUAAGGAUCCCACCCAGCCACCGAGGAGUCUC